AUGAGCUCAAACAGUUUAAGCCGUCAGGAAGAUUCCGAAAAUGAUUGGGAAUCGGAUAAUGAAGAGCAAGAGGAAGAGUAUCACAAAAUUCUUAGAAAAGUUGAUUUAAGACUUCUUGUCCCGUAUUCAUUUGCAUAUGUGUUCACUCAAAUUAAUAAGAACAAUAUUUCCAAUGUUGCAAUUCUAAAUCAGGAAACUGGGAAUAAUAUCAGACACGAGUUGGGAGAUUUAACAUCUGAACAGUGGGCAUGGUGUAUUAGUAUUUUUUAUUAUCCAUAUCUUUUCUUUGAAGCUAUUUUAACCCUUUGCAUGAAAUUGGUUGGACCUAGACCAUGGCAAUCAAGAAUCAUGCUUACCUGGGGUGGGUUCUCAAUGUUACAGGCAGCAACAAAACCAAAAGCUUCCGAGCUCCCUAACACAAGUAAAGGAUACGGUCUGUUAUUAGCUGUUCGUUUUUUUUUGGGGCUAUCUGAAGCUCUGUUCUUCACAUCCGUCCUUUAUCACUAUAGCUAUUGGGUUCCGGCAAGAUUAUUGAGCCAAAGAACGGCGAUCUUUUAUUCUUGGGGGAUGCUAAGUGGAGCAGUUAGUGGGAUUUUGGCGUAUGGUAUAUCAUUCUUGAAUCAAAAGGGAGUCGCUGGACAUGAAUUGAGCGGCUGGCAAUACGUUUUCUUAUUUGAAGGAAUACCAACAAUUCUAAUUGGUAUUUAUCUGAUUUUUUUUUUGCCAAAUUAUAUCCCCGAAUCAAAAUUUUUAACCGGGGACCAAAAACAAUUAUUAUUGAAGAAACUCCAGAAAACGGCCCCCAAAAAAGACGAUAAGACUUUUUCAUGGAGCGAUAUUAAACUGCUUUUGAAACAGUCUCAUUUUUACUCAUUCACAGGGAUUUGGCUAUUCCAGGGAAUUGGAGGUUGGGGAAUUAGUUAUUCCUUACCUACUGUUAUCUAUGACUUGGGCUUUACUGGUACUGCCGAAACCCAAUUACUUAGUAUGCCUCCUUCCAUUGCAGGAUUCAUACUAUUGAAUAUAUUAGGGUUCUUGCUUCAAAGACAGUAUAUCAAAGUCUUUCCAGUAGCCUUUGUUAUGACUGUUUUGCAAAUUGGUUGUUAUAUUGUCUUGAUCAGUACUAAAAAUAAUGCUGCCAAAUACAGUAUGCUUAUUAUUGCAACCGCAAUUUCAAAUUCUUUAUACCCAGUUCUUUGGCCUGAUAGAAUAAGAGUUGCGAAAGGAGCUAGUUCAGGAACAGGAUUAGCUAUUGGAUUCACCAAUUCUAUUACACAACUCAGUGGAAUAUUAGGAGGCCAGAUUUAUCAGUCUAAGUUUGGGCCUUUAUAUAGAGUAAGUUAUGCGAUUUCCAUUGUCUUUUGUGUUUUGUCUUGUCUAUCAGUUGCUUUAACAUGGUACUUGGUUGUAAGAGAUGGUUUAUUAGAGACAGAAGGAGCAGAAAAAGAUGAAGGAGUAGCAGUAAAAAGUGGUUGA